AGCGCUGGCUGCAAUGAAUGACCCCCCAGCUGGGGAGGAGGACUCCAGGUGAGCCUCUGCCCUCAGCAGGGCCGAGACCCCGGCCGCCCAGGACCCGCAGCCCCCGCCAUGGAUCCCUAGAGGAGGAGGCUGAGAAGACAGCUCUGCCGCCCACCCCCAUCCCAUUUUCCUCUUCCUUUAUCUCAUUGUUGCCGUAGCUGUUUACGGCUGGGCUCUUCUGCCCCAGCAUGGGGCAGGCUCCGGGCACUGCCAUCCGGCCGGCACGGCUCCCGCGGCUGCCCGGAGAUUCUGCCUAAUUCUCCCUGUCCGGCCGGUGCAGCGAGGACCAGAGAGCGGAGGAGGCCCGGACUGCAGCGGCGGCGGGGCCACCUCCCAGCAUCCCCACCCUAGGAGGCUGCAUGCGGAUUGAAGAGCGGCGCCCCAGGGCUGGGCCGGCCCCGCUGAUACCUACCUAGGGAGGACGCAGGACUGCCCAGCCUACGGACGGGUCCCUGGGGCAGGAAGGACAGGAGCAAGAUGGCCAAUAAAACCAAGGCCAGUGAGGCCCUGAAGGUGGUGGCCCGGUGCCGCCCCCUCAGCCGGAAGGAGGAGGCUGCUGGUCAUGAGCAAAUCCUGACCAUGGACGUGAAACUGGGCCAGGUGACCCUGCGGAACCCCCGUGCUGCCCUGGGGGAGCUGCCCAAGACCUUCACCUUUGACGCCGUGUACGAUGCCAGCUCCAAGCAGGCUGACUUGUAUGAUGAAACUGUGAGGCCCCUGGUAGACUCGGUGCUUCAGGGUUUCAAUGGCACGGUGUUUGCCUACGGCCAGACGGGCACUGGCAAGACCUACACCAUGCAAGGGACCUGGGUGGAGCCCGAGCUGCGUGGGGUCAUCCCUAAUGCCUUUGAGCACAUCUUCACCCACAUCUCUCGCUCCCAGAACCAGCAGUACCUGGUCCGGGCCUCCUACCUGGAGAUCUACCAGGAGGAGAUCCGAGACCUGCUCUCCAAGGAGCCCGGCAAGAGGCUGGAGCUGAAGGAAAACCCAGAGACAGGUGUCUACAUCAAGGACCUCUCCUCCUUUGUCACCAAGAAUGUCAAGGAGAUAGAGCAUGUGAUGAACCUGGGGAACCAGACCCGGGCAGUGGGCAGCACGCACAUGAAUGAGGUCAGCUCCCGCUCCCACGCCAUCUUCGUCAUCACCGUGGAGUGCAGUGAGCGUGGCUCAGAUGGUCAGGACCACAUCCGUGUGGGCAAGCUCAACCUGGUGGACCUGGCUGGCAGUGAGAGGCAGAAUAAGGCGGGCCCCAACACAGCUGGAGGGGCUGCCACACAGUCCACAGGUACUGGCAGUGGUGGAGGGGGCGGUGGGGGUGGGGAGAGGCCUAAGGAAGCCUCCAAAAUCAACCUCUCGCUGUCUGCCCUGGGCAACGUGAUCGCUGCUCUGGCGGGCAACAGGAGCACCCAUAUCCCCUACCGGGACUCCAAGCUGACCCGGCUGCUCCAGGACUCUCUCGGGGGGAAUGCCAAGACCAUUAUGGUGGCCACGCUGGGGCCAGCUUCUCACAGCUACGAUGAGAGCCUCUCUACCCUGCGCUUCGCCAACCGGGCCAAAAACAUCAAGAACAGGCCCCGGGUGAACGAGGACCCUAAGGACACACUGCUGAGGGAAUUCCAGGAGGAGAUCGCCCGCCUGAAGGCCCAGCUAGAGAAGAAAGGGAUGCUGGGGAAGCGGCUCCGGAGGAAGGGCAGUCGUAGAAAGAAGGCCGUGUCGGCCCCAGCCGGCUACCCGGAGGGGCCAGUGAUCGAGGCCUGGGUGGCUGAAGAGGAGGAUGACAACAACAACAACCUUCGCCCGCCCCAGCCCAUCCUGGACUCCGCCUUGGACAAGAACAUGGAGAAUUACCUGCAGGAGCAGAAGGAACGGCUGGAGGAAGAGAAGGCGGCCAUCCAGGAUGACCGAAGCCUGGUCAGCGAGGAGAAGCAGAAACUGCUGGAGGAGAAGGAGAAGAUGCUGGAAGAACUGCGGCGCGAGCAGCAGGCCACAGAGCUGCUCGCAGCCAAGUACAAGGCCAUGGAGAGCAAGCUGCUCAUCGGGGGCAGGAACAUCAUGGAUCACACAAACGAGCAGCAAAAGAUGCUGGAACUGAAGAGGCAGGAGAUUGCCGAGCAGAAACGCCGCGAGCGGGAGAUGCAGCAGGAGAUGAUGCUCCGCGAUGAGGAGACCAUGGAGCUCCGGGGCACCUACACAUCCCUGCAACAGGAGGUGGAGGUCAAAACCAAGAAACUCAAGAAGCUCUACGCCAAGCUGCAGGCGGUGAAGGCGGAGAUCCAGGACCAGCAUGACGAGUACAUCCGUGUGCGGCAGGACCUGGAGGAGGCGCAGAAUGAGCAGACCCGGGAGCUCAAGCUCAAGUACCUAAUUAUUGAAAACUUCAUCCCCCCUGAGGAGAAGAACAAAAUCAUGAACCGGCUUUUCCUGGACUGUGAGGAGGAGCAGUGGAAGUUCCAGCCACUCGUGCCAGCCGGAGUCAAUAACAGCCAAAUGAAGAAGCGGCCAACGUCUGCAGUGGGCUACAAGAGGCCUAUCAGCCAGUAUGCUCGGGUUGCCAUGGCAAUGGGGUCCCACCCCAGGUACAGGGCUGAAAACAUAAUGUUUCUGGAGUUGGAUGUGUCCCCUCCAACUGUCUUCGAGAUGGAAUUCUCUCAUGACCAAGACCAAGAUCCCCGUGCACUACACAUGGAGAGGCUCAUGCGGUUGGACAGCUUUCUGGAAAGACCCUCCACGUCGAAAGUUCGAAAAUCCAGAUCCUGGUGCCAGAGUCCUCAGCGGCCUCCACCCUCCGCCGCACAUGCCUCACUGGCCUCCGCUGCUCUGCGCCCUGCGACAGUGCUAGACCAUGAGUGACAGCCUUCAGUUCGGCUGCCCAUCUGACAGGCUCCUGGGAUGGGAUCGCCAACCCUGGAUCAUCUCAUCUGCCGCUUGGUGUGUGUGUGUGUGUGUGUGUGUGUGUGCACGCGCGCACGUGUUUGUAUGUGUGAGGGGGUGAGACUCUGGCAGACCGUGCCUCUGCCUGCUCUUCUCAGCCUCCUUUAUUUAAUUAAUGUUAUUUAUUCGUGGAGCUCAGUUAGUGUGGGGGAGAGGCCCUCGCCUGAGCCUGCCGUGGUCACUGCAUAGCCCCCUUUUCUGCUGACUAUAGACCCCCUCCCCCCCAGCCAGACCUCAAGCUCCUCUCUGUCAGUUCUCCCCAGAAGGGAAGGUGGCCAGUGCCUGAGAAGAGAGGACUUUUUCUACCUGUCUCCACAAUCUCCAUCUCCUCCUGUGCUGAUGGCGAGCAGCUCCUAAGCACGUUCCGGGACUAGAAAAAUGCUGGGUGUCCCCUGAGGACAGGAGGGGUCCUGACAGUGCUCCCAGCACCUUCUGGGCCUCAGAAAACCUUGUUCAGCUUCUUGGGCUCCUCAAAGACUUGAAAGACCUCACCCUCCCAGCCCGUGCCCUUCAGCUUGCCAAGAAUCCGUGGCUUCCCGAACUGCUUCCUGUGCACCUUCCCAAGGCUCGGGUAGGAAUUGUGAACCAACCCGUCGCUGCCCCCUCGGACCUGCAGGAAGUGGAACAGGAAUGGAGACACUGCGGACAGUCACCAAGGGAAGUCCCUCCUCUCCUCCCCUGUCCUUUGUGUCUGUGCCCCUCCAAGAAGUGACUUUGGUCAACCAGUGGUCAGGCCAGCUCCCUGUUUUUGAGAUGCUGCUCCUUCCUGCUUCGAAUGUCUUCCCUGUAGCUGCCUGGAUCCCAGUUCAUAGUGGAGGGAGCGAUGUCAUUAUCCCCCCCGGCUAAGCGAAGGUAUCUGCACCUGUUGCUUCCCCCUUCAUUUAGCACAGGAGACGGAGACCUGGGCACGACCCGCCAGCUUGGCCUAUUCCCCCUGCUUCUGAGUCACGUGUGUUGGGCUCUAUUUUGUUGAAAACUAACCCCGUCUUCGGCAUUGUGGAAAUUGGUCCCUAUGGAAGUGCUCUCCACCUUCCUUUGUGACAUCCCAAGAUGUCUCCAGGUAUCUCAAGUGAUAAGUAAAUUUCUACCAAAAAAGAGAAAAGAGAUUAAUUUUCAUUGACUUUUUAAAGUAUGCGUGUUGGUGGAGGUUUGAAGAGGUAAUCAUGAGAGAAAACCAAUGGUUUAGGAUUUUAAAAUGCCCUACUAGUGGGAGUCUACAAUUCCUAGGAUAUGAGGAAGUUAGUCAUUAUAUAAAAGCAUAAAAUUGACUGAUUUGCCUGAAAUUUAGUGUGUGGGAGGUGACGGUGGGGCUGAUUGCCUGGUUAUUCUCUUUCCAUCAGGAAAUUAACCCUUUUUACACUUUUCAAGUUCUGCUCUGAGGACCAAGUUAUGGUUUUUUUAAAAAAAAAAUAUGCUGCCAUUUCUGGACUAGAUGGUUGGGCAACUCAAUUGCCAUUUGCUCCUGUCCGUCAAGGAUAUAACAUUUUUUUCAUCAGAGCCCAAGAGAUUAUUUGAGACUCAGAAUUCAGAUACUUGAUUCGGCUGAGGCUGGGACAGGAGUUGUAUGUAGAAAUCCCCCAGGUGGCCGGGGCACAGAUGUCCUCUGGGUCUGCAUUGGGCAGCCUCUCCCAGCGACCUCCUUCUCGUUUGUGGAUGAAGCAGCACGUAUCACCCCAUUCGCCACUUGGACACAUUGACUCUGCAUUGUCUGGUCACUUGACCCUCACAGUCUUAUAGCACAAUCCACCCAAGUUCACCGCCCCUGGUCUGAGGGCUGGGCCCAAGGUAUGGUCAGAGGAGGAGCUCCUGCCGGCAGUUUUGUGUAUGUGCGUAUGUAUGUGCGUGUUUGUGUGUGUUUAACUCCACCGGGGAUACUCUACACUCAGUGUAAGAUAUGCUGGGAACAGGGCCACUGGGGUGGUUGGAUCUCAGCCUCUCUGUUUCUCUCUCUCUCUCUCUCUUCUCUCUCUCUCUCUCUCCUCUUUUGAUGUAUCAGACAUUUGGUUGACAAAGUAAGGGCCCUGAUUAGGACCAAAUUUCCGUGUCUGUCGCUAUGGUCUUUAUUUAGGACAACAGCUAAUGCAGUGGCCCGUAUAUUACAUAUGUAAUAUAUAAAUAUAUAUAUAUAAAACAUUGCCCUCUGUCUCCUUGGCUUAGAUGACAAGAAAUGCACCUGCACCCUGGUGCUGCCAGCAGCCCGCAGGCCCCAGCCCUGUUCAAAUUAACAGUCAAUAAUAAAGGAAUGAGUAUCGUUACAGCGUUGGUUGCCUGCCUUCUCUUCCCUUUGCUUCUUCCUACUUUUACUCCCGUUUUUAUUUCCUCCCAUCUUUCUCUCCCUUGUUUUCCUAAUGUGGGUUCAAUGGCACAGGGAGCCCAGCUGCAGUUAAUAAAAGGGGACUGGCUGCUUAAUAAAAAGGGGA